AGCGCAAAAAUAUUGGGAAAGCUCCGAUUUUCCAAUUUGCGACUAUUGUAAAAUAUGUUAUAAUGAGUGAAUAAAAAAAUCUGAUACAAAUUAAAUGACUUUAUAGGCUUAUAUAACAUUUUAAAAAGCAGGGGUUAUUAGUUUGCUGGUUAACAUGGCGUCGUCAGCAGGGGCCUCUACGUCCGGUGGCGUGGACAGCGACUGUGAGGGAGAGGAGCCCGAAGAUUCUUCUCACUUCAACGAUCUUGAGAUAAACGAAGACUUAGAGAAAAUCAACUUACAAGAUGAUGUUCAAACUAAAGACACGGAAGACGAGCUGGCGCUGUUCCGGCAGCAGUGGCAGCGCGAGCUGGAGGCCACGCCCACGCGCCAGAAGAAGCCUGAGGCGCCGCCGCCCCCGGAGGAGCCUCUGUCCGACGAGGAUAAGGCCAAGCAGCUGUUCCUACGUGGCGUGGAGUUCGAGCGCGGCGGUAAACUGUACGAGGCUAUUCAGCACUACAAGCGCGCCAUGCAGCUCGUGCCCGACGUCGAACGCCGCCUCUACGAGAGCUCCGACAUCCGCCCCGACACACCCGAGGAGGAGCUGGAGCUUGAGGAGGUGGAGCGGACCAACACGGGCACCGAGAGCGACGACGAGGGCGCCGUGGAGGGCGAGGACUUACUGGCGCGGCUGCAGCGCAUCACGGCGCGCAAGGCCGCGCUCAUCGAGCCCGCCUUCCCUGCCAAGGGCGCGCACAUCUCGUGGCUGCCGUACGAGGUGAUCCUGCUAGUUCUCCGCUGGGUGGUGUCGGCGGACUGCGACGCGGCGUCCUUGGAGCGCGUGGCGGGCGUCUGCCGCGGCCUUUACGUGGCUGCCAGAGACACUGAUAUAUGGCGCUCGCUCUGCUUGCGCACAUGGGGCAUAGACUGCGGCACGCCGCGCUCGCACGGCUUCGGCUCGUGGCGGACGAUGUACGUGGAGCGGCCGCGGCUCCAGCUGCAUGGCUGCUACAUCAGCAAGACCACGUAUCUGCGCCACGGAGAGAACUCCUUCCAGGACCAGUUCUACCGGCCCUGGUACCUCAUCGACUACUACCGGUACCUCAGGCGAGUGCUCGCUUAGUAACUAUCACAGUACCAGCAGCAAGCAGCACUACAUCAGCAAGACCACACCUGCGCCGCGGCGAGAACUCCUUCCAGGACCAGUUCUACCGGCCCUGGUAC